UCAUCAUAACACGGAAGCAGUAGACAGACAGUGGGGGAGCAGGAGAGGCGCAGACACAGGGAGGGAGGUUAAGGCAGGUAAAAACUGGAUUGCAGACAAACAGAGAGACACAGGUAGAGAGGCAGGUGCAGAGAAAUAAACGCAACACAAGUAAACAAAGACACAGAGCGAGCAUCAUGGCGCUGAUCCCCUCGCAGGUUCUCCGGGUCGCCAUCCUGCUGUCUUAUUUCUCCAUCCUCUGCCACUACAAAGCGUUAGACAUGCCGGCACACCAGACCUACGGAGGCAGCUGGAAGUUUCUGACCUUCAUCGAUCUGGUGAUCCAGGCGGUGUUUUUCGGAGUGUGUGUCCUGAUCGAUGUGUCCAGUCUGCUGACUAAGGGAGGCGACAGCAGGGAGCAGGAGCGGCAGUUGAGGAAGCUGAUCGGCCUGAGGGACUGGAUGAUGGCUGUACUGGCCUUCCCCGUCGGAGCGUUUGUGGUGUUUACGUUCUGGACUCUCUACCUGUACGACAGAGACCUGGUCUACCCCAGACUACUGGACAACUUCAUCCCUCAGUGGCUCAACCACGGCAUGCACACCACCGUUCUUCCGUUCAUCAUCAUCGAGAUGCGGACCACCCACCAUCGGUAUCCCAGCAGGUCGUGGGGUCUGGCGGCAGUGUGUUGCUUUGGCGUGGGAUACAUCCUCUGGACGUGUUGGGUGCACCAGGUGACAGGCGUGUGGGUGUACCCGGUGCUGGAGCGCAUCACUCCGCUGGCUCGAGUCAUCUUUUUCAGCGCAAUGACCGCGGUGAUUUGUGUUUUCUACACGCUCGGAGAAAUCCUCAACAGCUACAUCUGGGACCAGCCGCACACAGUAAAGGUCAAAGGUGAGUAAUCUUCUCUCGGCGGUGCGGGCGCGGAUAUCGGCCUCAGUCGGACAGAAGAGGACGAGUCGUUCCCCCGCCCACCCGGGUCAGCACAAGAACAGAAAACAACCGACCUCACCGGGAGUGGAAAAGACCAUUACCUUUGAACUGUACCCAUAACAAUAACAUACACGACAGAAAAUCAGUUAAAUGUGAAUAGAGAAAAAAGGUGGCGAAUGAAGGUAAAACUUAAAACUCAUCUUUUUUUGUUUUCUGAUUUUUCACGAGCAACCGUGUUGCAUCUGGCUUUUGUUAUGUGGACUAAACGCACAAACAUACAUCUACACAACGUAAAACACUUAACACUGCACACAUACACACACACACACACACACGCACACAGGAACAGAAACAGUCUCAGUAUUAUGCUUUUCCGGUAUAAACUAUGUCUCAAAGUGAAUUAAUUCCUACAUACCUUACUGCGCAACUACUGAACAUCAUGUGUUAAACAUCAUUAUUCAUCUUGAGUCACACUACAUGUAUGGAAGAAACUUGAUGUUGGUAUAAAAUCAAUAAAGUUUGACUUGAAAAUA